AUGUCCAGCGUCUCUUCAGUAGCGGCCGCUUCCCUCCUCAAGCGACAGCUCAAACAAAUGCAAACCGACAAAGACAUUCCAGGCAUCUCAUGCGGCCUCGUCUCGGACAAUAAUAUCUUCGAGUGGGAAGUCAUGCUGAUGAUCAGCGACGAGUGUAAAUACUACGGCGGAGGCAACUUCCGCGCCAUCCUCACCUUCCCCCCAACCUAUCCCUUGAUGCCCCCCAAGCUCGUCUUCCAGUCACCCAUCCCGUUCCACCCAAACAUCUAUCCCGACGGGAGAUUGUGUAUUUCGAUCUUGCACCCCCCAGAAGAGGACAUUUCGGGGUAUGAAAAGGCUAGCGAGAGGUGGAGUCCGGUGCAGAGCCCCGAGUCGAUAUUGCUCAGUGUGAUUAGCUUGUUUGAGGAUCCGAAUGACGAGAGUCCGGCGAAUUUGGACGCGGCGGUGUUGUUGAGGGAGGAGAGGGAGGGGAAGAGUAGGGAGUUUAGGAAAAGGGUCAGGCAGUGUGUUAGGGAGAGUUUAGGAGAGGAUUAAGUUGGGAUGUUGAUCUUCUUGCGAAAUAGCUGGCGUUAAUGGCAGCCAGACAGCACAAAGCGAGAAAACCGGUUCAAUCAAGCCAUUCAUAUACUCUUCCUCUCCUGCUCCUGGAAUUUCAAGAACUUUUCUCGACGAAACCCAUCAACCUCCCCACUGUCCCAUCCCACUCCUCAUCCCACCUCCUCCUCCCCUCCUCCACGGCCCCCUUCUUCAAGUGUUUCAACUCGUUCUCCCCCUCCGGCUUCAACAACUCCCCCAACACCCCCGCCAGCUCCUCCCCAGUCUCAAACCCCCUCCCAUUCACCCCCUCCUUGACCAGCUCCCCAAAACUCUCAUACCCCCCAUACGCCACCACCGGCAGCCCAGCCCCAAACAUGUCCACCACCUUCAUCGGCAAAUCCACCCCCGAAGAGCUCAUAUGCAGACAAACCCCCAGAUCAGCACAUGCCAGCAACCUGGCGUAGUCCUCAAAGGGUAGAAACAAAGUGGCAAUCCUCACGUUAGGUAGCUUCCCUUCCUUGACCAGAGCAUCAAUCUUGUCGUCAUAAUACUCUUUUUGCGGUCCCUUCCCGGUGAUGAGCGCCAGGAUUGGGACCGCGUCAGGUCUGGCUGCGUACAUGGUGAGGGCGGAGAGAAGAAGAGAAAAAUCCUCGUCUGGUGUCCAUGACGUGCUCGAGACAAGAAGCUUCAUCUUGCCCGAGACCAGGGCGCGGUAGUAUUCCCUUCCGGAGAGGAAUAAAAUCUUGUCUAGGGCUUCGUUGCGAGCGUGGGGGGAGAGGAUAGGUUGGAAGAUUGCCGCGGGCCGGUCGUGGACGGGGAUCAUGGGUUUGUGAGGGGGAAUGCUGUAGGGGGCGGCGCGGAGUUGGCGGGCCAUGGCGUUUGUCACCGUCAGGUGGUGAGAGCCUAAGCGACCGAGGUAGGUUUCGUAGAUUUUGGAGAGGGAGACAAAGGGGUGGGAGGGUCCUUUGGUGGAGGAGAGGAUUGUCCAGCCGUAGUUGUGCCAGUCGAUUAUCAGGUUGGAGUUGCGGAGGUAGGAGGUGAGGCUGGCGAUGGCGAGGGUGGGGAUGGAGGGGGGGUUUUGGACCAAAAGCCAGGCGGAGGGGGGGAGGAGGGAGAUGAGGGUGAUGUUGGGAUUGGUGAGGAUGUCGG